UAAUCUUUUAUCAUAAAAAUCAAAGAUAAAGUAGUAGUGAUGGCAUGGCAUAGCAUUUUCCAAGGUUGCCAAACCCAACAAUUGAAGAAAAGUCAAAAUUAAAAGGUGGGGAAGAUGGCAUGAAAGAUAAGCUCCAACUCAGUCAUAUAUCACACCACCCACUAACUCAACUGAAUAGCCACACCACCACCUUCUUUUAGUCUUCUUCCAAAUCAUCACAAUACUAUACCAAAUAUUCAAUUCCAUUUAAAAAAAAUAAAAAAAAAAUAAAAUAAAUUCAUUCCAUAAUAUUAUUUUUUCAGGCCCAGAAAACUUUGUCAAAGAUUGUAAUCCUAGUAUUCCCACGUCCCAUCUCCAUCUUUGCCUACACCACUUGUGAACACACUUAUACAUACAUAUGUGUGUGUGUGUAUGUAUACACACACGUACAUAUUACAUAGUAUAAAGCAACAGAUAUUUUUGAGCUAAUAAUAGAGGCAACGAAAUGAUGAUACAGAGAACAGGAAAAAGGAGGAGAUAGAUGGAGAGAGAGAGAGAUGAGAGAGAAAGGUGGUGGUUUGUGGAGGUUCAGAAUUGAGCACUACUAGCACAAGGAGUCACAUGCAGCACAUUUCACUCCCAUCACUACUUUUCUCUUUAAAGUUAUGGCCAUCGAUCGGUUGACCCUUUAAUUCUUCUAUCCUUCUUCCGAUUGUGACCUUCAUGGUUCAUCUCUUCGCUUCUUGCCUUGUCACUCUCUCACCCUCUCUCUCUCUCUCUUCUUCCAUUUCCGAAUAUCGACAGUGAGAGUGAGAGAGAGAUAACCCUUUUUGCAGCACUUUCUAUUACUCUUUACUUAUAUGCUUACUUGAUUUCCGCAUAUUCUUGAAUUUGCUUAAACCCCAUUUCCUCUGUUCUCAGUUUCUUGAUUUUCUGCUUUGCCAUGAUAAUCGGAUAGUCUCGAAGCAAUGCAGGGCGCGGUUCUUUGUUGAUUAACUCCCCCCACAUGUAUCUAUCUAUCUGUAAGUAAUCUCAACAGAUAGUUCACGCACUUUACCUCUUUCUUUAUAUUGCUUCGGUUGUAUAUUACAACUCCAUUAGGCACUUUCUCUCUCUAGAUUCUUGAUUUCCCCUUUUGUCUAAUCAGUAAUGGGAGGCCAAACGAACUUGCGUAUAAAGCUAGUGCUGUUUAGUUUCAUAAUUGUCUUUGUUCAAUCACUAAAAGAAGAAGGAACCGUUCUUCUUGAGUUCAAAAAAUCCCUCACUGACCCUAAUCUAAAUCUCGAAAACUGGAACCCUUUAGAUUCUAGCCCUUGCAAUUGGACUGGAAUAAAAUGCAACCCUAAUUUUAAGGUUAUUUCCCUACACAUCAGUGGUCUCAAUUUAUCUGGUACUUUAUUUUCAGCCAUCUGUAAACUCCCUCACUUGACAAACAUAAACAUCUCCCAAAACUUCAUUUCCGAUCCCAUUCCUUUCGAUUUCGGCUGCUUCGAAAAACUCGAAAUUUUAGACCUCUGCACAAACAGAAUCCACUCCCAAUUCCCAAAACAGCUCUGCAAUAUCACAUCCCUCAAAAAGCUUUAUCUGUGUGAGAAUUACCUAUUCGGAGAAAUUCCGAAAGAAAUCGGUAAUUUGAUCUCACUAGAAGAGCUCGUGAUAUACAGCAACAAUCUAACUAGUCAGAUACCUUCGUCUAUCGGGAAAUUGAAGAGCCUCAGGGUUAUAAGGGCGGGAAGAAACAACCUGUGGGGCCCACUUCCGAUCGAGAUUAGCGAAUGCGAGAGCUUGGUGAUGUUAGGGUUGGCGGAAAAUCGGCUCGAGGGAUCUUUUCCUUCCGAGCUGCAAAAGCUCAAAAGCCUCACAACAUUGAUUCUUUGGAAUAAUAUGUUUGAUGGCGAAAUCCCUCCUCAAAUAGGCAACUUCACUAGCUUGGAGUUACUUGCCUUGAAUGGGAACAAACUCACCGGAGAAAUCCCUAAAGAAAUCGGAAAAUUAACUCGUCUGAAAAGACUGUACCUUUACACAAAUCAACUCAAUGGGUCCAUUCCGUUCGAGCUAUCGAAUUGCUCAAAUGCAAUCGGGAUCGAUCUUUCGGAAAAUCGUUUGACAGGGUUCAUCCCAAACGAUUUAGGUCGAAUUUCCACUCUCCAAUUGCUUUAUCUCUUCGAAAACCAUUUACAAGGGAACAUUCCUCACGGGCUUGCGUUGUUGAAGCAAUUGAGGCAUAUCGAUUUUUCGACAAAUAACCUAACGGGUUCGAUUCCUCCGGGGCUCCAAAAUCUCCCGUUUCUUAAAGACAUUCAGCUUUACAACAAUCAUCUCAACGGCCACAUUCCUCCGCUUCUUGGAUAUCGAAGCAACCUUUCGGUACUCGAUAUUUCCAAGAACAAUCUUGUGGGCACCAUCCCUCCACAUAUAUGCAGGUUUCGGACAUUGACUUUCCUCAGCCUAGGAUCGAACAAAUUGUCCGGAAAUAUUCCACACGGCCUCAAAACUUGCAAAUCACUCGAGCAGCUGCUGUUGGGAGACAACUUAUUCACCGGAACCCUUUCUGUGGAAUACACGAAACUUCAAAGCCUUUCAGCCCUUGAUCUCUUUCAAAAUCGAUUCACGGGACUUAUACCUCAAGAAAUCGGUAAUUUUACAAAUAUCGAGCGGCUACUUUUGUCGCACAACCAUUUCAUCGGCCACAUUCCUUCCGAGAUUGGCAAGCUUGUCAAGCUUGCUGCAUUCAACGUAUCUUCAAACCGGCUUUUCGGUAAUAUACCUCAAGAGUUGGGGAACUGUGUAAAGCUCGAGAGGCUCGAUCUUAGCAGCAAUUGGUUCGCGGGCCCCGUUCCGGAUAAUCUCGGGUCGUUAGUGAAAUUGGAGUUGCUGAGAAUAUCGGAUAAUAGGUUCACCGGACAAAUACCUGGGACUUUAGGUGGUCUUGUUAGGCUGACUGAUUUGCAAAUGGGAGGAAACUUCUUUUCGGGGAAUAUUCCUUUCGAGCUCGGCCAACUUACUUCCCUUCAGAUUGCUCUAAAUAUCAGUCAUAAUAAUCUCACUGGCUCGAUUCCAAGCAGUUUGGGGAAUCUUCAGAUGCUCGAAUCGCUGUAUUUGAAUAAUAAUCAGCUCAGUGGCGAGAUUCCUAAUUCCAUUGGUGGAUUGAGCAGCCUAAUGGAGUGCAAUCUUUCCAGUAAUAAUCUAGUGGGGCCCGUGCCGAACACACCAACCUUCCGGAAGAUGGAUGCUAGUAAUUUUGGCGGGAAUAACGGGCUGUGUUCGUUGAAUUCGAAUGAUAAUUGCCAUUUAUUUACGAGCUCAUCUGUCGCUUCCAAUCCGAGCUGGUUAAAGGAAGGUUCUAGAAGGGAGAAGAUAGUCGGAAGUGUUUCCCUCUGUAUUGGAGUGAUCUCUUUGACUUUUAUUGUGGCGGUUUGCUGGAUGAUGACGAGGCGGCAAAGACCUUCUUUUGCUUCGCUCGAGGAAGAACUAAAGAACGACGAUUUGGAGAGCUAUUACUUUCCGAAGGAAGGUUUCAACUACCAAGACCUAGUGGAAGCUACCGGAAACUUCUCGGAAAUGGCGGUUGUGGGAAGAGGGGCGUGUGGGGUCGUCUACAAGGCUGUAAUGGCCAAUGGUGAUGUCAUCGCCGUUAAAAAGUUGUUGAAUUCCAGUGGAGACAACAGUUUUCGUGCGGAGAUAUCGACUUUAGGGAAUAUAAGGCACAAGAAUAUCGUGAAAUUGUACGGAUUUUGCUAUAACCAAGACGGCAAUAUUAUUCUAUACGAGUACAUGGUGAAUGGAAGCCUCGGCGAAGUACUGCAUGGAAAUGAAACGGUAUGUGUGCUUGAGUGGGAUGCACGGUACAAAAUUGCUCUCGGAGCUGCAGAAGGGUUGUGCUAUCUACACUACGAUUGCAAGCCACAAAUUAUUCACCGGGACAUAAAAUCGAACAAUAUCUUGCUCGAUGAAUAUUUCGAGGCUCAUGUUGGAGACUUCGGUUUGGCCAAGCUGAUAGACUUUUCCUUGUCGAAAUCAAUGUCUGCUGUCGCUGGCUCUUACGGAUAUAUCGCCCCUGAAUAUGCUUACACGAUGAAGGUGACGGACAAGUGCGAUAUAUAUAGUUUCGGGGUGGUUCUAUUGGAGCUGAUAACGGGGAAGUCGCCGGUACAGCCGCUAGAGCAGGGCGGUGACUUGGUGACGUGGGUGAGGAGAUCGGUUCAGAAGUUAGAUACAGCGUACCGUAUAUUCGAUCACCGUAUUGAUCUAAGUGCGAAAAGGACAGUCGAGGAGAUGUCUUUGGUUCUUAAGAUUGCCUUGUUUUGUACAAGCACGUCCCCUCAAAAGAGGCCAACAAUGCGAGAAGUUAUUGCAAUGCUGAUCGAUGCAAGAGGAGCAUCGACGGAUGAGGUGGCGUCUUCUCCGGUGAAAUCGGAAACGGGUUUAGAUGGAGACGAGUUCUGUUGACGAGCAUUUAGGUUUUAUUUGAUAGUAGUCUAUAUAUAGACAUAUAAUUAGGAGGCUGCUCUUGAUCUGUGAUAAUCAAGGCUGUAAGCAGGAUUUACUAGUAUCUAAUUUAUUGCUAGGAUCCAUCUAACCAUA